AUGGUCCGACUUUCCGACGUCAAAGCCGCCAACGCCGACUUCGUGGCAUCCCUCAGUGAGCCUCUGGUCGGUGUCUUCGUGGGCGGCACGUCGGGCAUAUGCGAGUACGCGCUUCGCUCUCUCGUAUCCAACGCUGCAUCUGUGGGCAAGUCCAAAUCCAGGAAUAUUGAUCUGCGGAUAUACAUUGUCGGCCGCAAUGCCAAAGCCGCUGAUGUGACGAUCGCCGACUGCCGCAAACUAUGUCCUCAAGCCAACUUCACCUUCGUCCGAGCGAAAGACCUGGCCCUCCUGAAAGAUGUCGACCGGGUCUGUGAGGAGAUCAUCAAAUUGGAGACCGCCGCGAACGGACCGCAUAGUAAGCCUAGAGUAGACGUGCUGGUGAUGAGCCAGGCUGGCUCGAUAUUCGUCACGCGCAAAGAUACGACCGAAGGACUCGACAAUCUCAUGUCCCUAAUGUACUAUUCUCGCAUGCGCUUCAUCGACCGGCUGCUCCCACUCCUCGUCGAAUCUCGCUUGCCUCCCGGUGGCGGCGCAGCACACAUAAUCUCCAUCUACGCGCCCAAGACCGAAGGCCAACUAUUCGCCGACGACUUAUCUCUUCGUCAACCGGGCCAUUUCACUUACAUGAACGCGCGCUCACACAUUGCGUACUUCAAAACGCUGUUCUUCGAGAAACUCGUCGCACAGUAUCCCGGGAAAUUGAGUUUCUGCCACGUAUUCCCCGGCCUGGUGCACACGCCUGGGUUCAAGAACCCCGAGUUACCGACCUGGUUCAAGGUUGUCUUUCCGAUCGUCGGACGCCCGCUGAUGUGGGUCUUUGGCACGUCACACGCCGAGGCGGGCGCGAGGACAUUGUUCCUGGCGACACCGAGGUUUCCGGCAAAAGGGGCCAGAGAAGACUCCGAUGUGGCCGUUGGCGCGGACGGGCAGAAGGGGAGUGGAGUGUAUACGGUCUGGUCCGAUAGCGAGACGAUGUCGAGAGAGGAGGUGUAUAAGAAGACGGGCGUGGACAAGGAGGAGCUGAGGGAGAUGGUAUGGAAGCAUACGAUGGGGGCGUUUGAGGACAUUGAGAAGGGGAAUGUGUUCACAGGCUGA